AUGACCGCUACCACUUCAACUUCGACGUCUUCUCACCGAUUCGCUUCGGAACCACGUCCACCAACUCUCACCAAACGUCGUGAUGAUCGUAUUCGUAACUUCAAUUCGUUUGAUGACAUCACUGAGUCUGAGGAGGAAGAUAUUCAGGAACCAACCAGCAGCAACAGCUCAACUACUUCGGAAAGAUCUCCGUACGCAGUUUAUGAGCAAGAGAAAUUGAGUGCAGCUAAAAUGAGAAGCUUCUCACUUACCAAUAAUCCAUUCUUGUCUCCAAAAGCGAUCAGACAAUUCUUCCCACCGACUCCUCGUCUUUCUCGAGGAUUCUCUGAUCCAGUUGUCCGUCGUAAAUCAUCACUUCCAACCAUUCUCUCAUGUCAUUCACCUGAUCAUUCUGAUGAUUUUCUUGGUCUUCCACCAAUUCCAGAAGCCACAACUCCAGCUUCUCCAUCUACAAACGCACCAGCCAAUAAUCCAUUCCAAAGGAAUGACUCGACAUAA